GGCCCGGGUGGGUGGCCGAACUUCUCCCGCCAUGGAGGGAGCAGCGGCCCGGGAGGCCCGGGGGGCCGAGACCCCGCGCGCGUCUGCGCCCCCGGCCGCGCCCUCGGAGCCCCCGGCCGCGCCCCGCGCCCGCCCGCGCCUCGUCUUCCGCACGCAGCUGGCGCAUGGGAGCCCCACGGGCAAGAUCGAGGGCUUCACCAACGUCCGCGAGCUGUACGCCAAGAUCGCCGAAGCCUUCGGGAUCGCGCCCACCGAGAUUUUAUUCUGCACCCUCAACAGCCACAAAGUGGACAUGCAGAAGCUCCUAGGGGGUCAGAUAGGCCUGGAGGACUUCAUCUUUGCCCACGUGCGAGGCGAGACCAAGGAGGUGGAGGUCACUAAGACAGAGGAUGCUCUGGGGCUGACCAUCACGGACAACGGGGCUGGCUACGCCUUCAUCAAGAGAAUCAAGGAAGGCAGUAUCAUCAACCGGAUCGAGGCAGUGUGCGUGGGUGACAGCAUCGAAGCCAUCAACGACCACUCCAUUGUGGGCUGCCGCCACUACGAGGUGGCCAAGAUGCUCCGGGAGCUGCCCAAGUCCCAGCCCUUCACCCUGCGCCUGGUGCAGCCCAAGAGGGCCUUCGAUAUGAUUGGCCAGAGAAGUCGGUCCAGCAAAUGUCCAGUAGAGGCGAAAGUGACCAGCGGGAGGGAGACCCUGCGGCUUCGUUCUGGGGGGGCUGCCACAGUGGAGGAAGCGCCCAGUGAGUUUGAGGAGGAGGCAUCUCGGAAGGUUGAUGACCUGCUGGAAAGCUACAUGGGCAUUCGGGACCCCGAGCUGGGUAAGGGGCCAGGCGUCCACCAUGGUGGAGACGUCCAAGAAGACAGCGAGCGCCCAGGAGUUUGCACGCUGUUUAGACUCCGUCUUGGGCGAGUUCGCCUUCCCCGACGAGUUUGUGGUGGAAGUGUGGGCCGCCAUCGGCGAGGCCAGAGAGGCCUGUGGCUAGUUUGCCCUGGGGGGGCCCAGCACAGCCCCAGCCCGGAGCCCAGCCCCCUGCCCCGGCCCUGCUCCAGAACCCAGCCCAGAUCGGAGGACAAGUUCCUCUCUAGAACCCAAUCCAAUUUGGAGCCCCAGCCCAACUCCAGAACCCAGCCCUUCUCUAGAAUCCAGCCCAGAUCUGAGGCCAAGCUAUGUGCUAGAGCCCAGGCCAGCUCUGAGACCAAGCCCAGCAUUGAGAAUAAGUUCUGUUCUAAAACUCAGGCCAGCCCUGAGACCGAGCCCAGCUCUAGAACCCAGAUGAACUCCGAGACCGAGCCCAGCUCUAGAACCCAGAUGAACUCCGAGACCGAGCCCAGCUCUAGAACUCAGAUGAGCUCUGAGACCAAGCCCAGCACUGAGGCCAAGCCCUGUUCUAGAACUCAGGCCUGCUCUGAGACCGAGCCCAGCUCUAGAACCCAGAUGAGCUCUGAGACAGAGCCCAGUAUUGAGACCAAGCCCUGUUCUAGAGCCCAGGCCAGCUCCGAGAUCAAGCCCAGCUCUAGAACUCAGAUGAGCUCUGAGACCAAGCCCAGCUCUAGAACCCAGAUGAGCUCUGAGACCAAGCCCAGCUCUAGAACCCAGAUGAGCUCUGAGACCAAGCCCAGCUCUAGAACCCAGAUGAGCUCUGAGACCAAGCCCAGCUCUAGAACUCAGAUGAGCUCUGAGACCAAGCCCAGCACUGAGGCCAAGCCCAGCUCUAGAACCCAGAUGAGCUCUGAGACCAAGCCCAGCUCUAGAACCCGGAUGAGCUCUGAGACCAAGCCCAGCUCUACAACUCAGAUGAGCUCUGAGACCAAGCCCAGCACUGAGGCCAAGCCCAGAUCUAGAACCCAGAUGGGCUCUGAGACCAAUCCCAGCACUGAGACCAAGCCCUGUUCUAGAACUCAGGCCUGCUCUGAGACCGAGCCCAGCUCUAGAACUCAGAUGGGCUCUGAGACAGAGCCCAGUAUUGAGACCAAGCCCUGUUCUAGAGUCCAGGCCAGCUCCGAGACCAAGCCCAGCUCUAGAACCCAGAUAAGGCCUGAAACCAAGCCCAGCACUGAGACCAAGCCGUGUUCUAGAACUCAGGCCACCUCUGAGGCUGAGCCCAGCUCUAGAACCCAGAUAAGCUCUGAGACCGAGCCCAGCUCUGAAGCCCAGGCCAGCUCUGAGACGAAGCACAUCUCUAGAAUCCAGCUGAGCCCUGACAACAAGCCAAACUCUGGAACCCAGACACAUUUUAAGACCCAGACCAGCUUGGAGACCAAGCCCAGUUCCAGAAUCCAGGCUAGCUCGGAGACCAAGCCCUGCUGGAAAACUCAAGCUGACUCUGGAACUCUGGACAGCUCCACGAUGCAGCCACACCUGGACACUCGGUCUAGCUCCGGAACCCCAGUUAAUUUUGGAACCCAUGUGAGAUUCAUGAAGCAGCCCAGCUCUGGAACCCCAGUCAGCUCAGGAUUCAGAGACAGCUCCCAAACCAAAUCCUAUUCAAGAACUCAGACCAGCUCAGAAACCCAGGUCCACACAGCUGCCCAGUCCAGAUCCCAACCCCAGUUGCAUCCAAGUGCCCAUCCCCAUCCUGAAGCCCAGUCCAGCUCCAGUGAUGAUUCCAGCUCUGAGACUGAGCCCAGCUCUAGAACCUUGCCUAGUGCUACAACCAGGCCCAACUCCAGGAUUCAGACCAGCUCUGGAACCCCAUCCAUCUUGGAAGCAAGACCCAGCUCCAGCACACAGCUUGGUGCCAAGCCCCACUCUCCUUGCACAAUGCAGCUCAGCUCUAGAAUGCAGUUUACUUCCAGGACCCAGACCAAUUUCAAGGCUUGGCCAAGCUCCAGAGCUCAAUCCAGCCCAAGCACCACACCCAGCUCUGGAACUCAGCUCAGUUCUGGAGCACAGGCUGGUUCUGAAAUCCCAGCCAGCUCCAAAACACAGACAGCGGCUGAGACCCAGCCAAGUUCCAGAAUCCAGCUAAGCUCUGGAGUCCAAUCUAGUCCUGGGACCCAGGCCAUCGCAGCGAGAGAAUUAAGCUCCACAGCCCUGUCCAGUUCCAACAGCAGGCCCAGCUCCAGGACCCAGCACUGCCCAGGAGCUCGACCAGCCUCUGGGACUCAAUUCGCCUCUAAAACCCUGCCAGGUUCUAGAUACCAGCUCCAGACCACAGCCCCAGACAGCUCUGGUAUUCAACUGGACUUUGGGAAGCAGAGCAGUUCUGAAAGUCGGCUUAGCUUUGGAACUCAGCCCAGCUCUGGGACCCAGAUAAGCUCAAGAAUUCAAGCCAGCUCUGGAAGUCAGCUUAGUUCGGGAACCCAGCUGAUUUCCGGAGCCCAACCCAGCUCCAGAACUCAGACUAGUUCUGGAAACCAGCUCAGCUCUGGGACCCAGACCACUGCAAGAAUUCAGCUCAGCCCUGGAGCUCAUCUUAGCUCCAGAACCCAGUCCAGUCCUGAGACCAGGCUCAGCUCUGAGGCUCAGUCCAGCUCUGGAACCCAGUUCAGUUCUGGGAUUCAGUUCGGCUCUGAAACCCAGACCAGCUCAAGAAUUCAGCCCGACUCUGGAGCCCACCUUAGUUCCAGAACCCAGUCCAGCUCUGAGACCGGGCUCAGCUCUGAAACCCAGAAUGGCUCAAGAAUUCAGCCCAGCCCUGGAGCCUACCUUAGUUCUGGAACCCAGCCUGUUUCUGGAACCCAAUCCAGUUCCAGAACUCACACCAGUUCAAGAAUCUGGCUGAGCCCUAGAAAUGGACUCUGCCCACAGACCCCUGGCCUUGACCCUAGAAUCCAGCUUGAGGCCCCUGCCCCAGCCCAACCUCAGCCCCCAGGCCCAUCCCCCAGAGACCCCACCCCAGCCCCUAGCAAAGACCCCCAGCCUCUGCCUCAGCCCCAUGAUCAGGUAUGUGGCAUCCAGGCCAGCCUUGGCCCCAUCCCAGGCUUACCCCAAGCCUCCUACCUGGCCCCACAGUCACAGGUCUCCUCAACCCCCCAGAAGCCAGCCGUCUCUCCCAAGCCCCAGGUGGGACCCCAGAAGUCCACCCCACCCACCAUAUCUGUCACUCCUAGUCCUGCCCCUAGGGCAGCCCUCCUGAGUUCCCAGCUGUCUGAGUCCCCAGCUUUGGCGCCAGCCCUUUCCCCCACUCUGGGGGAGCCAGGACCCCGCCCUUACCGCGGGGGGCCGUAGCUUGGCUGUGACUUAGCCCUGGUUCCUGUGGUUCUCGUCCUCUCCUGUCCCCUCCAGCCUGGGUCCCCCAGAAGCAGCAAGUGACCUUACUUCUCCAGCAGGCGGUGGUGGGGAGUGUGCGGUGGUGAAAACAGGGGCUUCACCGGUCCUGGCUCAGAUCCAGGUCCUUGGAGGGAAAAGGAGGGCAGGAGACGGGUUGCACCGCAUGUACCCUGAGGGCUCAUGGUGAAUAAAGGCACCUUCCA